UUUUCCACGGCGCCGAGUCAGAGUGAAAAGGCCUUUUCUCCGCUCUGGACGCAGGAUCGGCAAUCAGAUCUCUCAUCACUAUAGAGACUUAGAGGUAGAGAGUACAGAGAGAAAAAAGGGAAAGUAAAUUAAGUGGAGCAGACAAAGAAAUGAGAACCGUACCAUUUGGUAUCUCUGCAUCUCCAUUGCCCACCUUACUCAACCCCAACAUAAGCAACCUCACCAAAACAGCCUCUCUCCACUACAGGAAGCAGCUCCCUGCUUUCCCAAGCUUUGUGGAUGAUGGUCCAACCUCUCGAUCUUCGUGUCUCUGCAUUUCCCCGCGAUCAGGAAUUUCCAGAGCCAGUGAAGCGGUUGAAUUGUUUCCGACGGUCUGUCCUGAGAUUGUGGUACGGGAGGCGAGGUUGGAGGACUGUUGGGAAGUGGCCGAGACUCACUGUAGCUCCUUCUUCCCCGAUUACUCCUUCCCUUUAGAUUUGGUCCUCAGAGUUGACCGAUUGAUGGCCAUGGUAACGGGGUUUUCUCCCACUGGCUCUAGAAGGACGUGUCUUGUUGCCGAUGUUGGCGGUUCCGUGGAUGAUGAUAACUUCUUCGGCGGUGCGGAGGACUUCAAAGCAGGAGGUUUCGAAGGGAAAUUCAGCUUUGAUAAGGGAUAUGUCGCUGGGAUAUUAACAAUUGACACUGCGGCUGACUUCCUUCCGCGCAGAGGACCACUCCGCCAGAGAAGGACUGGCAUUGCAUACAUCUCAAAUGUUGCAGUACGUGAGAGGGAUCGGCGCAGGGGGAUAGCAAAGAGGCUUAUAGCAGCAGCAGAGGCACAAGCAAGGAGCUGGGGUUGUCGUGCCAUGGCACUGCACUGCGAUGUGAGUAACCCUGCUGCUACUCAUUUGUAUAAAGGUCAGGGAUUCAAAUGUAUAGAGGUGCCAGAACGAGCAAAGUGGCCCCAACCCAAGACCUCACCAAAUAUCGAGUUCAAUUUCAUGAUGAAGCUACUAACCACCCCAACACCGACUUGACUCAUUUUUGCAGAGUUAAAAUAUAAAAAGAAAAAGAUUAUUUUGGGUUAGCUUCUGUAUAUAUGUAUGUAAACUAUUGUCGAGGAACUACAUCUAAUAGCUUUGUAAAAGAAUGUUGAAUGAUAUGUUGUAGGGCUUCCUUUGAUAUGUAAAUGAAUGUUGUUCGGUGUUUGUCUCAGCUUCUUCAAGCCACAUUAGUGCAUUCACAUUGAUCUUUCAUUGU